AUGGCUCGACGAAUAGUCACUGCUGGCCUCGCCAGCUUGAUUGCGAUUCAACUGACGUCAGCUGCUCCGAACCGUGAAGGUACUCGUCAACAUUACUGUCCUGUCCUCUAUACUGAGCCCCCAACAAAUUGUCGCCCAAUUCCGGAGACCUUUCUCACUUUCUCAUCCAAGGUCCCAAGGUCUGCUCCUGCCGAGUCACAUGUACUUGAGGAUGCUGUCAGUGCCCUCUCCGUCUUGCAAGAUCGCUUCUUCGAACCCGAUUAUGCGACAUGGCCGUCUACCAUAGACUGGACAGCCGCAUUUGCAGGGACCGCCAUUUCUGGCAUGUUGACGACUUUAUCCAAAUCCAUCAACUCUGUUGAUCUUGAUGGUAUCAACGAUUGGAGGGUCAAGGAGAAUGUGAUAUCAACAUUCUAUGCACAGUUGGUCGGGUCUUACUUUGGACAAGAUGUCCUGUCUAUCCGUGGCCAGGCGUACGACGACAUCCUCUGGGUGGCACUUGGCUGGAUCGAGGCCAUCAAGUUCGUGAGAACACACGGAGAUCUGCACUAUUCAACAACCAAGUCUGAGGAGAUCGCAGGAAGUGGCCUCAAGCAAAUCAUUGAAUCCAUGCCUUGGCAGGGCUACAACUGGUUCUCAUCCUUUGCUCAUCGCUCCCGUAUCUUCUGGAACCUUGGCUCCCAUGGAUGGGAAACCAGAUUCUGCAACGGAGGCAUGGUCUGGAAUCCUCGUCUCAACCCAUACAAGAACGCCAUCACCAACGAACUUUGGGUAUCCGCUUCGAUAUCCAUGUACGAGCACUUCCCCGGCGACAACUUCACCGCUCCAUGGUUGGCAAACGCCGCGUUCCCGGAUAACGACCCUGCGCAUCUCGAGGCUGCUAUGGAGGGGUACAACUGGCUCAUGAAUGUCAACAUGACCAAUUCGCGUGGUCUGUUUGUUGAUGGGUACCAUAUCGACCGGAGUAAGCCUGGCAACACAAAGUGCGAUAUACGAGAUGAGAUGGUGUACACGUAUAACCAAGGAGUCUUAUUGACGGGCCAGAGGGGACUCUGGGCUGUGACUGGAGGCGCAUCGUAUUUGGAGGAUGGUCAUAUCUUGAUUCAGUCCGUCAUUGAAGCCACCGGAUGGAGCCUGAAAAACAACAAGCCUGUGGAUGACCCGAAACAAGUGCGCCCUGGUCCGUUGCCUCCCUGGCGAGGUCUCGGUCGAGGAGGUAUCAUGGAAGAACAAUGCGAUGCGAGCGGUAGCUGUUCACAGGACGGGCAGACCUUCAAGAGCAUCUUCUUCCAUCACUUCGUCACCUUCUGCGUUCCACUUGACCCUCUCCGAGUGGAAAAGGGCAUGAAGGUGGAUAUGCGGCGCUAUCGGCGAGUGAAGGAAGCGCAUGCGACGGCCUGCAAGUCAUACCUGGGCUGGGUUAGGCAUAAUGCUCUGGCAGCUCUCGAGACUCGCAAUGAAGCAGGUCUCUUUGGUAUGUGGUGGGGUGCGGGAAUAUUUGAUGCCAUCGUCACUUUGGAUAACGACGGUAUCGAUCACAAUGCAGAGAACACAACCGAUUAUCGCAACCAAGGAACACCAGACGAUGAGACGUGGGGAGGACGCCACAGGUGGCUUCCAGGCACAGGACGUUGGGUUGCAUCUGAUCCAGAGUCAGAUGAGCCGGUCCUGGGAAGAGUUGCUGAAGCCCAAACGCCGAUGAAUAAAAGAUAUUCGUCUGGGGAAGUCAAACCAAAGAGACAAGACCCCAACGAUCGAGGGAGGGGACGAACGGUAGAGACACAAGUUGGAGGGCUCACGCUACUUAGAGCAUUUUGGGAACUGUCCCAGUCGUAUUGA